GGCCGCCUCCAAUGAUUGGUCGCAGCCGGCAGAGGGGAGGGUGGGGCUGGCGCAGCGCUCGCUGAUUGGUGGCUGCUCCCGGAGCGGCGAGGCUGCCGGUCGCCAUGGCCACGGUGACGGACCGGCUGGUUGGAUUCUGCUUGGUCGCCUUCAGCCUCCUCCUCUUUGUGUACUACACCUUCUGGAUCGUCAUCCUGCCCUUCAUUGACAGCAACUACGGGAUCCACCAGUACUUCUUGCCUCGGGAGUUUGCGGUUAUCAUCCCUGUGGUGGCUGGGCUGGUGCUGCUGCUGUUUAUAGGCAUUUUUAUAAUGGUCAUGAUGUGGAAGAGCAGGAAGCCUGCCCAGAAAUCGGACUGAAGGCCCAGCUGAGGGAAACGAGGGGAAGAUGCCCGUGCUGCAGUGUCACAGCCAGGAAAGGGUUUGCUGGCAGCACUCACAGCCCCUGCAGAGCACCCGGCACUGAGGGGGCUGCAUGCUCCCACCUCCCUUCCCACAGAGACAAAACCACUUGUAAUUUACAACUUAUGGACCAAAGGGACACAAAACUGACCCCCAGGGCUCAUCAAGAGAGGGACCAGAGCCCUGGCUGCCAGGGACCUGCUGCGCUUUGGCCUGCGCUGGCGGGAGGGGCUGGGGGGUCCAGCAGCUGUAACUGCCGGAGCACAAGUCGAGCUCUGGCGCCUGCUCACUGCCCGGCCUCUGGGUGAUCUUUCCCGUCUGCUCUUGCUGUGGCCAGUAGUUUGUUCCUUCUGGGGUUUUUUAAACGUUUACAUAUGGUUGGGGGGGCGGGACUUAAUUGGAUUUAUGAAGGAGAGGAAAUAAAUGUAACUGAGUUUGGAAAA